AUGACGGCGAACCCUCGCUGGCCAGAGGUUGAGCGUGAGCUCCUUCCAGGUCAGACACCGAGCGACCGUCCAGAUCUCAUUGCUCGCGUCUUUCAGAUGAAGAAGAAGGCGCUCCUGCACGAUAUCCUCAAGAACGGGAUCUUCGGCCGCGUCGUUGCACACAUCUACACGAUCGAGUUCCAAAAACGCGGUCUUCCCCACAUGCACCUCCUCAUCUUCCUCGACCGUCGGGACAAACUCCUCGAUCCAGCAUCUGUCGACACCCUCAUUCGAGCAACAUGGCCUGAUCCGCAAACUGAGCCGUUGCUCUUCGAGGCGGUC